AUGGAGCAGGAUGCUUUCAUCGCCACGCGGUAUCAUCACUGUUUGAUAGCGAUUCGCCAUCACGAUGAACGCGCUAGUCCAAGUGGCGCUCUUGGUGCUUCUGGCAUAUCAAGAGAUACAAGCAGCUGUGCACCUGAAAUACGAUGUCCUCGCGAAGUAGCGGAGUCCAAAUUCAGAACUGCCGACGGCACCUGUAACAACCUCGAACACCCCGACUGGGGCAGUGCCCUCAUUCCAAUGAGAAGGCUGUUACCCCCACAAUACGGAGACAGAAAGUCGACCCCAAGACUGGAUUCACAAGACAACCCACUGCCCAACGCGCGUCUUGUGAGCAGGGUCAUGCACACGGACGACACUAGUCAGGCCAACUCCACCGGAGUCACCCACAUGGUCAUGCAGUGGGGUCAGUUCCUGGACCACGACAUCACCCUCACCCCCCUCCAGGAGUCGGAGAGUGCCGACGGUACCAUCAGCCAGUAUGUGUGUUGUGCGGAUAUAUACACUAGUGACGCGCCCAAUGGACGGGACCUCUUCAGAAACAUAAACGUUUGUGACGCCAUCCUCAUUCCCUCAGGAGAUGAAUACUUCACGUCAAGGACAUGCCUGAACUUCGUGCGUUCCAUCCAAGUACCUAACCCCAGAUGUGACACAUAUCCCGCCGAGCAGCUGAACCAGAUCACGGCCUACAUCGAUGCAUCUAAUGUCUACGGGUCAUCUGACCAUGAGAUGGAGGAACUGAGGGGGAUGAAUGGUAAAUUUGGGGCAACAUGUGACAUUGCAGUGGAGAAUGACGGCCUAAUGAAGACGAAAGAUGCUACACUCCUCCCAGAGGAAAGCGACACCUCUGCCUGUGUAUCUGAAGACGCCAGCUACUGCUUCAAAGCCGGUGAUGAAAGAGUGAACGAACAGAUGGCCCUGGCAAGCAUGCAUACAAUCUGGGUGAGAGAACACAACCGAAUUGCUACCGGUCUCAGGGCUCGAAACACUGACUGGAGCAGCAACAAAAUCUUCCAAGAAACGAGGAAAAUUGUUGGUGCCAUGAUGCAGAAAAUCACAUACGGCGAAUUUCUGCCCGUUGUCCUUGGCAACCACCUUGACGCCUACAAUCUCAGACUUGCGUCAUCCGGUUUCAGGAACGUCCACCGGCGCGACGAGGACGCCAGCGUCGUCAACGCAUUUGCAACAGCUGCGUACAGAUUUGGCCACUCCCUGAUAAGAAAUAUAUUCUCCAAGUACAGCACUGGCUACUCCAGCUACGAAGACAAUGCGCUCCAUGAUAUUUUUGGAAGAACAAAUCUCAUCCAGUCCUCCACAGAGUCCAUUGGCGCCUGGCUCCGCGGCUUGGUAUCCCAAGAAGCAAGGAGUGCCGACAGGUUCAUGACAACUGAAGUGACCAAUCAGCUCUUUGAGGAGGCGGCGCAAACCGGCCUUGACCUCGCAGCUUUGAAUAUCCAGAGAGGGCGUGACCAUGGCAUACCUGGCUACAAUGCCUGGCGUGAACACUGCGGCUUGCCAGUGGCCAAAGAGUUUCAUAGCCUGCACAAUAUUGAUGAUAUCGAUACUCAACUUAAACUGUUCGCCCUAUAUGAACGCACUGCCGACAUUGACCUGUUCACUGGAGGUCUGGCGGAGACGGUCGGGACCGGUUUGGUGGGGCCAACUUUCGCUUGUAUCUUGGGAAAACAGUUCCAACGUUUAAUGGAGGGCGACAGAUUCUGGUUUGAAACGGACGAUCGACAUACCCACUUUAGACCUGAACAACUUGAAGAAAUUAGGAAGGCUUCCCUGUCCCGUGUUCUGUGUGAUAACACCGAUACCACGUCCAUCCAGCCCAACGCUUUCAGGACAAAGGAUACCACAGGAAAUGGUCUGGCAUCGUGCACUGAUCGACGCAUCCCCAGUAUUGAUCUGGACAAAUGGACUGAUAAUAACCCCCAACCCCCACCUCCACGAAGGUCUGGCAAAUAG